GUAGAAGCUGCAUCACGCGAUCAGCCCGGCCCCAGCAACUGCCCGGAAGGUCACCUGUUCGUCCCUGAGGGCCUGCGCUCGUCCGUGCUGCAAUGGGCACACGACUCACGCCUGGCCUGUCAUCCCGGGGCUGCGCGCACGAGCUUCCGUCCGCGAAGCAGACUGCGUCCAUCAUGGUGCGGGAGGUGUUUCGUCACCACGGCCUCCCAGAGGACAUCGUGUCGGACCAUGGCCCGCAGUUCGCUUCCACCUUCUGGGCGGAGUUCUGCCGACUCCUCGGCGCUACGGCCAGCCUCUCGUCGGGGUUUCACCCUCAGUUCAAUGGUCAAGCGGAGUGGCUGAACCAGGAGCUGGGCAGGUCCCUCCGAUGCAUGGCCGCCGGGGACCAGCGUUUGUGGGUCCAACAGCUUCCUUGGGUGGAGUACGCCCACAAUUCCCUCCCCAGCUCGGCUACGGGACUGUCGCCCUUCCACUGCGUCUUCGGGUACCAGCCACCCUUGUUCGCCCACCAGGAACGUGACACGGCGUGCCCAUAGGCCCAGGCUUGUGUCCGCCGUUGUCGUCGUGCCUGGGCGAGGGCCCGGACCCCUCUUCUCCGCUCUGUUUCAGGCUACGCCCGCCAGGCAAACAAGCGCCGGUCGCCGGCUCCGGAGUACAGAGUGGGCCAGCGGGUGUGGCUCUCGACGCAGGAUUUGCCGCAGCGAAAGAGAUCCCGCAAGCUGGCGCCGCGCUUUGUUGGACCGUUUUCCAUGCAGAAGCCCGUUUUUGAGAGCGCAUUGGUGCCCGUGCCGCCGCCCCAGCUCAUUGAGGGGGGCCCGGCUUACGCCGUCCGCUCCCUGCUCUGAUCGCGGCACCGCGGUCGUGGCUUCCAAUACCUGGUGGAUUGGGAGGGCUAUGACGACGCCCACCGCUCCUGGGUCCCGAGUCGCUGGAUCCUCGACCGUUCGCUCAUCACGGAGUUCCAUCGCUGUCACCCGGACCAACCGAGCCCCCGGCGCGGACGGCCGAGGAUGGUUGAGGGGCCCAGGGGUAAGGGCCCGAGGCGGCCUUCUCCGCCGGUGCCGGAGACGAGGAAUUGGACGUUUCGACGGAGUACUAACCCCGCCUGGUCGUCCGGGGGGUUGCCUUCCUCUGCCUUCUGAUUUUUUUUGUCUUUUAGUGCUCUGGGGACGUCGGGAGCCGUCCCUUGUGGGUGGGUUUCUGUCACGUACUGGGGCCGCUUGUGACAAGACCACGCCCCCCUAUCAGCGGAAUCGCCGCCACCUGCCACAGCCUCAUGGACAGCGCUAUAUCAACGGCGCCAGCGCAGACCCGAGUGUCCGUCUGUCCCGUGAUAUUGUUUCGCCCUCUGGUCCACGACAAACCGACGUCCGUGAAGAAUCGAAGAUACAGCAGAACACCUUGUUUUUCCCAGCCUGAUCGCCGAUCCAGCGCCGGCUCCAGCUUCGCCCACCUUACCCCCGCCCGCAAUAAAGUCUCUAUCGCUACGCA